GUGGUGUGUUAGUGUCUGGAGACCAUAGCAGUUUGGAAUGGCACUAGUUUCUCUAUCUGUCUUGUGUUGGCUGCUUUUGGACUUUCAGCUGAUCUAUGGAGCCCCAGCUCCAGCCUCAGGCCCGGUGUUCCUGUCCGCUCAGGCAGCCGACAGAGUCCUGCGGAGACACAGACGCGACAACACUGGUGUGUUUGAGGAGUUACUGCAGGGCAACUUGGAGAGAGAGUGUGUAGAGGAAAUGUGUGACCUGGAAGAGGCCAGGGAGAUAUUUGAGAAUGAUGACAAGACGAUGAGCUUCUGGGUGGGAUAUGUAGAUGGCGAUCAGUGUAAAUCGAGCCCGUGUCUGAACCAGGGGUCCUGCAAAGACCACCACGGCUACUACACCUGCACAUGUCCGUCUGGCUUCACUGGCAAGAACUGUGAGAUCAUUAUAGCAAAAAGGUGUGACUUGAACAACGGAGACUGUAUGCACUUCUGUGAGUCAAUGGGAACCUUUGGCGCAAAAUGCUCCUGUGCGAGAGGAUACAGGCUGAUGCAGGACUCGGUUAGCUGUGAACCAGAAGCUGAAUUUCCAUGUGGCAGAAAUGCGCUGGCAGAAGUGAGUGGAGUAUAUACAAGGUCUCUGUUCUACCUGCAGAACACCACGACACUGACCAACACCACCACCACCACCACUACUACUACAUCCCCUUCCUCAACUCCAGCCAGUACCCCGGCACCUUCUCUUGCCACAAAUGACUCUGUAAAAACGCAAUUCCAAAAUACAUUUUUGGUUAACCCUGACGCUGAGGUCCCCACUGAGGAGCUGCUGAAACCUUACAGACGCAUCGUAGGUGGUACUGUGGUAAUCCCAGGAGAGAUCCCAUGGCAGGUAGCCUUGAUAGAGCGUCCCAGUGGUCUAUUGUAUUGUGGGGGCUCCAUUCUCAGCGAGCGGUGGGUUAUCACUGCUGCUCACUGCCUGGUGGAGACACAACGCUCCUUCUUCAUCAGAGUAGGGGAGCAUGACAGCUACAUCAGCGAGGGCACAGAGCAGGAUCACGAGGUGUUGGAGCAGUACAUACACCCUCGCUACAACCACAGUGUGAGCUUGUACAACCACGACAUCGCCCUGCUGUACCUCAAAAGCCCCAUCACCUUCUCCACAACGGUCCGACCCAUCUGCAUAGGGCCCAUGGCUUUUACUGAGGCCCUAGUGAAGAAGUCUUCCCCGGCCACGGUCAGCGGCUGGGGCAAGACACUCUUCCUCGGGCUCACGCCUGAGACAUUGCAUAAGGUCAAGGUUCCCUUCAUAGAUCGGACGGAGUGUAAGCGGAGCAGCAGCGCCAGGAUCACACCCGUCAUGUUUUGCGCAGGAUACUAUGAUGAGGGCAAGGAUGCCUGUCAGGGGGACAGUGGAGGGCCUCACACCAACAGCAUUCACCACACAUGGUUCCUUACGGGCAUUGUGAGUUGGGGGGAAGAAUGUGCAAAGGAGGGGAAAUAUGGUGUGUACACCCGGAUGUCCCUUUACUACAGGUGGAUUAACCAUGUUAUGGGGUUGACUGAACACAGGAUGGAAGAUGAUGUGGAUGAACCGGACCCUGAAGUUUAAAGAUUAGAGAUUUUAAGUAUAUAAUUGGUAACAAAUCUCUUUUUGGUUUGAUACUGUUUAACUACAUACAUAAUGUUUAAUUUACAGCAUAACAAUUAACUACAAAAGAAGUCUACAUUAUAGAGAAUACACUGGUGGGAACAAUGUUUAAAACAUUUUAAAGAUACUUUCAUGAUUGUGUAUGUCCUUCUAUAUUGUAUUGAACAAAAAAUAUUAUGAAAUAAAUAACUAAAUUCAUGUCAUACCUAUAAUGCAUUGUGAAGAGUUACAUCAAAACGCAUCACUACCAUCUGCUGGUGAAUAAAUGUUUUACAAGUAGUGGUAUUCAGUAGCAGAGAAACAAAAAGGAUCUUUGGAAAUGACCAGCUUCAAGACUAAAAACUCACAAAAAGGCAAAA